AUGCCACGUUCAAAGAAGGAACUCACACAGCGAGAAAGUGAGGAAUUACUUAUCCGACGACUACAGAAGGUUCCUAUAUACCAACAAGCCCUACACCUCGAACGCGAAGAGCGUAUAGCAGAAGCCAUUCGUGCGUACCGAGACCCAGAGAAUACGGAUAUUACGACUCUUGAAAUUGCCGUCGGAGUAUACAAUAUUCUAUAUAGUACUAUGGGACAUCGAAAAAAAGGACGACGUACAAUUGCGAACAACGGGGGCCAUAAUCGUCGCUUAAACGAGGCGGCCGAAAGUACUUUAAUCAAGUACUGUUACCAUGCCGAAGAGAGUAGAUAUCUACUCAAUUAUUCGUUGAUUACGCAAGCGGCAUCUGCUAUUUCACGAUCAAUUGGCGAUAAUAAACCCCUGGGACACUCCUGGACAAAUAGGUGGACAAAAAGGAUGGUUCAGGAGGGUCGAUUUAAAACCCUUAAUACGACUCUAAUGGAUAUCCUUCGACGUACUGCCUUGACUCGGGAUAAUAUUCAGGGGUAUUUUAAUCGAUUAUUCGAUACAAUUAAGAUGUACAAUAUCCAACUAUGUAAUAUGUACAACAUGGACGAGGCAGGGUUCUGA